AUGGACAUCUUCAUAUUCAGAUACGCUGCCACGGGACAAUUUCCGCCAAACACAAACAAGGGCCAAGCCUUUGUGCACGAUCCGAAACUCUCGGACAAGUCGGUGGUCAAAGCAGCGGUUAGGCUACGGUUUAGGAACACCGUGGGGCAGGUCAUGAUGUGUAGGCGAGUCAUGCAACUCACGGCCAAGCCAAAGAGCAUGCAGCUGAAGACGUUGGAUAGCACCAUUCAGGAACACCGUGGGGCAGGUCAUGACGUCCAGGCGAGUCAUGCAACUCACGGUCAAGCCGAAGGGCAAGCAGCUGAAUGGGAUGGAUAG